AUGGGGCUACUCAUUCGUAAGCAGGUCUUAACCCGCCAGAAGCAAAUCUCAAGACUCACGUCAAAAACAGUUUACUGCACGGCCGUGAAGUUACAUCGGCAUUCGUCUGACGUGUCCGCUCUGUGCGACCCCUUGGCAGUAACACUGACAUUAGCCGGUGCGGCUCUAAGCGAUGUAUCUCGGCCUGCGCAAGCCAGAGCUUACCUGCGCCUGAGCGUGCCCACACAGACAGACGUGGCGGAGAUCCACGCCUAG